AUUCCAUGACCUAAUUAUACAAUUCAUAUAUCGUUUAAAGUUAUUUUGUUAGUGAAUAAUUUGACAGCAAACUAUAUAUAUAAGUGUACAUCGUAUCAGCACACAGUUAAUUUAAAAUUAAGAUACCGACUGAUACCGUCGACGCGUUGCUAAGAACAUCAACCGUUGUAAGCUUAUCGACCUUUGUCUGUACCAUUCCAUGAUCAUCGCCGUGUUCACCCAUGCGGCGUUCUUCAGCGUUCAUCAGUAGAGAAGGGCGCGUGUGCGCUUUUUGCGGUGAACUUAACGCGCAUACGUCCGCAGUGGCCGCGAGGCCCCGAAGCGCGCGAGAGAGGUACGGUGCAGUCAGUGUGCGCUCGGUCUGGCUUGAGCGUGGUCGAUCUCGAAGAGACGAAAGCGCGAGGCUCGCCGCCUGCCCGCGAUGAUGGAGCUGCGCGAGGUGAACCGCGCGUACGGCACUGCGGAGGAGACGACGGAGCUCCUGCCGCAGCGCGACAACGCCGAGUACGAGAGCUACUUCAUCAAGUACGCGAUGCAGAAGGAGAUGAUCAAUCGCAACCGAUGCCCCGUGAGCCGACGAUUGCUCAGCCAGGCCACUCAUUCGGACUACAAUUUUCCCAAUAGCAAUCACGUCAAGGAUUCACCAUGUGCCGGGAUCAGCAUGAUCCACACGUCGAGCGCAAACUGGCCGCCUUCCAGAAAGCGCGAAGAAGCGACAGCUUUAGAGAAUCUUAGGAAAAGGGUAGAACAGAGCAAAUUGUACAAGGCGGACAGGAUCGUCGAUUCGGUGAUGUCCACCGCAUCCUCGCUGAAUUACGAGCAGACUCAACAACAGCUAGACAAUCGACCGAAACUCCUGAAAAAGAUACUUAGCAACCGACCGAUGAGUAUCACGCACGAUAGGAGCGACUUGGAGACCGACUGGCGUGACAGCGAAUUUAUCACCGAGUGCCUUUGCUGGCACAACGUUUAUCGGCAACGGCACAACGCACCUCCGUUGACCAUGUCACCUCAGUUGUGCGAGUACGCCCAAACGUGGGCGAAUCACCUGGCGCACACGAACACGUUCUACUACAGGAACGACCGGAACGUGGGUCAUAAUCUGUAUUGUCGUCCUGGCGGUGCCGUUCCCGGCGACGUCACGGGACAGGAAGUCGCGUCUUACUGGUACUCCGCCGUGAGGCAGUAUGAUUUUCUCAAGGAGCCAGACGUUCUCCAUGCUAACGUAAACGCAGGUCACUUCACGCAGCUGAUAUGGGCGAGUAGCCGCUACUUCGGAGUCGGUAAGGCGCGCAGCCGCAGCGGCAAACUAAUCGUCGUGGCGAACUACGAGCCAGUAGGCAACGUGUCCGGCCUGUUCCAGAACAACGUACUUCCACCGUUGCCGGAGAAUAUGAACAUGGUGCUAUCGCCGCCGACUGUGCGGGUACCGCGAGGACAAUACGAGCUGCUAAGAUCGGCGGCGACGACGGCGCCGUUAUCGCCGCCGUUGCCGCCUCCGUUGUCGGACACUGCGUCCACCGGCAGUGACACCAUGUCCGUCAGCUCUGGCCAAUAAUACGACAGCCGUGCGAAAUGCCUUUUCUGUAUCUGCGCGCGAUGGGCCGGACGCUGAGACCGACGAGACUUCCGGCACGCGCUUGCCGACCCGUCGUGCCGCGAUUUAAAGACUUCGGAUGCGAAACACGAUGACCGAUAUCUUUGCAAAAAGGGAAUUUAGGACGGCCGUAAGCUUGCAUGAAAUGCGUCGCGGAAAUGUCUCGGAGGUGUCGUGUCUUCAGUGAACAGCGAGCGGAAGAGAGACUCCCUCGAGCGUUUCCGCACGAGUUUUCUGAAAAGUUCCUGCGGAAAUUCUGGCGACGUGCGCGUGGGUGUGCUCGCUUAAAACAGAUUUCGUGAAAGUUCAGUCGACUGUCACACCUCUGUGUGCGACAGCUUUCAUUAAACUUUCCGCAGUUUAAUGCACUUGAGUUUGUGCUAAAGUUCAACUGUCUUUCUUUAUUGAAUCCGUGGAACUAAAUGUAGUUCACUGUGUUUAUUAUAGUCCUGUUUGAUUGAAUACGAGCGCGUUGGAAAUAUCUUUGGUAUUAUCUUUACCCCAUUUAUCACGGUUACCUCGAUGAACUAUAUGUGAUUUCUGCAGAAAUGUCGGUCACCAGGUUUUACUGCCCUCAACUACCGCUUGCAAAAGCAGUGAUAAUCAAAUGUACACCGAGCUUUGUCAACGAUUGGUAGCUGGUAGUACAUAAUACGACUAGAUCUCGAGCAGUACAAUCCGCGAUGUGGUUAUUGACAGUGGCGUAACUGAUCGUUCGUUUAUGGACUCCGCGCGAGAAUGAGAAGAGAUUUGCCAUAACGCCAUGAUAUUUUCAGGCAAAAUGUCUAAAAAAUAAGGACAGAUAGACAAAAUUUAGUACAAAUGUGGAAAUUGAAGAGAUAUUUCACAAGAAAGCGAUUAUACAAUCAAAAUUCUUGAAUUCAGCAUUAAAAUAAUAUGGCUAGUAAAAUAUUGGGAUAGCUUGCUGAAAUUCAUUACAUCCUUCGAUGAGGCUUCCAGUUAGAUUUCCGUAGCAGAGUCACAAUGUCUCAGAGUUGCGCCACUGUCCAUAUAGAUAAUAGAAGCUCAAAUUUAGAAUCGCCGUACUUAUUUCCUGUUUGGAAAACAAAAGAAAAAAAAAGAAAGAGAAAAAAAAUAAUGUUAGGAACGAUCGAACGGCAACCGUAGAAUUCGUCUUCAAGUUCCAAUGAGUUCAUUCGCUGAGAUAAUUUGUCGUACAUCGCGUGCAAAGUGAAAGCUGAGAUUGUUCAGAACACCAAAAGUUAUACGCGCCUAUUUUGUAUAUCGGUUUAGAGUCGGCGCUCACAUUUAAGAGACUCGUAGUUAUAGCUAUAUAAGAUACAGCUGUAUGAUAUAGUUCGAGGAGCCUAAAGUGACGAAUCGCGCCUAGCAAGGAGGAUAGGAUACUUUGCACACACCUUUCCGUCCUGUUAUACUAAAAUCAAUGGUUUACGAAAUGGACAAAUGAAUUUCUUAGCGUUUUAGUGUUAAUGAACGUUCCUACCGAGUGAGAUGAGGGUUAGUGUGUUCAUUGGAAAUUAAUCUGAAAAAAUAAGAACUCGUAGUUCCUCGAAAAUCAAGAAUCUCACGGAAUGUAUUCGCGUAUCACAAUAAAUUCCUCAGUGUCAAGUAGUCCUUGACGCGGGAGGUUUAAAAAGAUUCGACAAAAAUCGAAGAUCGGGGGCUUCGAGAAUCCGCGCGGGGCGUCAGGGAUCUGCGAAGCCAGCCAAUACUCUGUGACUGAAGAGAAACUCAUCGUGUUGAAAUUCAAGCUAGGACGCACGUGCGAAUAUAAAUCGAGAGAGAAAACAUGAACAUUAAGCGGAAAUUCUCGCGAGCGUAACUACAAUCAGAGCGUAUUAUCGCGAUCGACUCUAAGCUGCUCAGAAGAACUCGCCGGGUGUUACGUCGAAAGUGACAUCACAACGGACACUUCUCGCUUUCAACGUAAAAUAUGAACACAAAUAAGUGUACCAUAUGUCCGACGUCUGCCAGAGACUGUUUGAUAAUUAUUACAGACACACGUAGAAAGACGACUAGCUAUCUUUUAUUUUUUAAUUUAACUAUUCACAACGAACACACAGCGAUCCGGGAAAAGUCUUUAGAUCGAUUCAAUAUCAUCAGACAUUGGUAGUUGCUUCGAGCGUUGUCGCAGCUAAUUUUAGCGUGCUAAAAUAAUCAACGAGAGAUGACAUGAUGGUCGUGUAAGAUAGUCGUUUUUUCUUCGCGUACGGCGAAAUUAUUUAUAAAAUAACGUCGAUCAUUAAAUGGUGAUCUCUCAGGUACGCAACUUAUCGCGAGGCGAUUCUACGUAGUAGAAGCAAAUUUACGGCGGUUUUUGUGAUUCGAUCCUGUUGGCUCUCGACUUGUUUAGGCAGAUUCGGGAGAUAAAUUGUUAUAUACACAAAGAUAAAACUUAUUUUCCAAUAGUGUGUCGUUGUAGAAGAGAAAGCAUUAUUUCUCGCGUAGUCGCCUAGUGAUAUACUAUUUUAAAUGUGAGAUUGUUAACGCAAAAGGCGACGUAUGAAGCAUAAGAUUCAGGAGAGGAAACAUAUUUCAACUAUUUACGCUAGAUCUUCGCUUAUGCGCGAUCUUAUAUAAUGUUGCGUAAAACAAUAAAAUCGUUGACUAGUCGAUCGCGUGUUAAAAAGUGUCGCAGGGAACGAUUUGUUUCGAUCGAAUUAAUUAGCGAAAUUGUGCUUUAUGUAAUGUAAUGCGAAAUUCGCCUCUGCUCACGGCGCAAACCAACGUGCAUGUUCCGCGAUGUUGAUAAUAAUAUUCAGCGUAGCGUACAGGAUUAAAUAAUAAUAAGCUCGAUGUGAUAAAAUAAUUAAGAGGCUUUCGUUGAUUUAAGAAAGUUUCGAUCAAAUCAUGGUUAUACAGAGGGCCGACGGGAUCGAAACGUUGUUGGUCGCUUUUGAUUUUUCUAUUCAAUUCGUGCAGACUGUUGAAGAAUCCCGCGAACGGUAUUAAAAAGGAGAAAGGAGUAUUAAACGCGUAUAUAGCAGCAGUGCUGCAUAAUCGACAGCUCACCUGUUGACAAUCGAUACUGAGACGUCGUUUCAUUUACACACACAUAUACCGUAGAGAGACACUAAUAUUAAUUUCAACUACUGACAAAUCUCCGGACAAAUCCGAGAUCGAUUUCCUUUCGGCGAGGUUUUGACGAGAAAUUUCAUCGAGAUUUUUAAUUUAAGUACUUAAACAAUUAUACCUACGAUGCAGUUACUUUGAACUUCCACGUAUCAACAAUUUUUGACGUAUCGACGAUACGACACUUUGUACAGCCAUAUAGAACAUCGAUCUGCCAGAAGAAGCUCAUGUAGUUUAUUGCUAGCUUUGGUAAUGUUAAAUCUCGAAUAAAAGCUUAAUUUACACAUUAUUGACUCAUAGGCGUAGAUGUAAAAACACAUCGAAAAUUAAAAGUGGAACGACGUUAAUGUAUUCGUCAUUGUUAAAACGCAGGACAUAGCCUUAACGUGUGAAUUAAAUGCAUCGCAAUCCAACGUGUUUUAUAAUGAUGAAUGUUAAUAAAAUUAUCUCUUUGCAGAAA